AUGUCGAAAAAGGAAUCAAAAGGUGGCAACGGCAGUAUAAAAGUUACAUCAGGGAACUCACAAAUGGUCAACAAUAUACCAAAAGGUCCUCGUCACAACAAACUUUCGAAUAAGAACGUGAAUGAGUCACGAAAAGGUGCAAGAAGGAGAAGCAACGGCAAUCAUUCGAAGAGAUAUCAGCAUGCAGAGGCGUCGGAUCAUUCAGCAUCGAGAGGAUCGGACUCAGAGAAGAAUAGUAGACCAAAGUUAGUGACAGAUGAUGACUUCAUGCUGAGCAGAUCUAUUUUGAAAUCAAGUAAGAGAGGCAUUGAUAUAAGCCAUUUACUUGACUACACGAUUGCAGAUGAUGAACCAAGAAUGUUGGAAUCUAUCGAAACAGUAUCGAGAAGAAGGAGAAAAUCACAUGGUCGCAGACGUUCCAGUUACAAGAGAAGCCCUAACUUGAACUUAAGUGGCCGGUAUUAUAUAAACGUCAACUACAAGUUUAUAGUGGAUUAUCGACUAUCAUACAAGGCGCAGAUACUCGACCCAAAUAUGCCACUUGAUGAUGCCACUAUUGUCAGGGUGAUAAUCAAUGGCAAAGACUACCAGUGUCCAAUAUGUCUCAGCGAUGAGUUUGUUGCACCUAGAAUGACUUCUUGUGGUCACGUGUUCUGCUAUCCUUGUCUUAUACGACUUUUUGCAUCGUCAGCAGCCGAGGAUGAGAAGAAAACACAGAGAGUUCAACUUCCUGGAAGGCGUUCUGCCACUUGCCCACUUUGCAAUGAUGUGAUUCGUGAACACCAGAGAUUACUUCCUGUUUUAGUCAACAGAGAAGAGGCAGAGGCACCAGCACCGGAUGAAUACGCCAAAUUUACGUUAAUGUAUAGGCCGGCAAACCGAAUAUUUGCGCAGCCAGUUCAACUUUACUUGGAAAAAUCGGAGUUUGAGGGAAAUAUACCUUGGAUCGAACGUGGUUCAACGCCGACAGACUUUUUUGAUACCUCCAAGUAUGUCAAGUAUUCGAGGCUUAUGAAAUGUGACGAAAAGUUCAUUCUAAGCUGCUUUGCGAACGAGCUCUCGGCACUUAAGACUCAUAAGGAGUAUGAUAAAGAGGUUUAUCAUGAUUCGGGACUGUAUUACGAUCUUGCUACAAACAAUAUAGAUGAGCAGAUUCGCAGUACGAAGAAGUCGUUUGCAGAAGAGAAAUCUGGGUCAAUAGCUGCACCAAAUUACAAUCAUAUUGAUCAUGAUGGUGCUUUGACUGAAGAGGAGAUUAACAAACUUUUGAUUGAACAGAAUAACUACAACUUUGACAAGGAGGAAAAGGGAUACUUUUUCUACCAGUGCUUGACCAGCCAAAAUUCAAAGGUGAAGUAUUUUCUCUCUGGGUUGGAUGUCCAGAUAUUGAGGGCCAUAUAUGGAGAAUACCAGUAUUUCCCAUUCAAUCUAAGAAUGAAGCUGGAAAAUAUAUCAUAUGAGGAUGAUAUAGUCACAGAGGAUAUGAUUCACAGACUGAAGUAUGUGGGCCACCUUCCUGUGGGAACUUCUGUUGGAUUUUGCCAAUUAUGCUGGAUAGAGCCACACAAUCAUUUAAUGCCUCCGGAUGUUUUUAGGGAGUUCAAAAAGAGGCUUAAGGAGAGAACCAGAAGCACAAAGGAUAGAAAAAGAAGAGAGGACCACGAUAAAAAAGCCUUUGAUAAGGAACUUGAGCUAAGAACCUUAAAAUUUUAUGCGUCUGAGAAUAAUUUGCCCCUGGAACAGUAUGGACACUCUGAUCCUGCACUAGGUGGGCUAUCAACUUCAAGUGUAAAUUUGACAGACGAAUUUCAGCCAACUUUGACCACCGCUUAUGCGGCAUCAGAAGAGGGUAUCGAUAAGCAAGAUACGCAGUUUGGCACAUCUGUUUGGGGUACAAAGAUUCCUCUGUCUGAAGAAGAACUUAAGCAGAAAGAGGAGGACUCUCAGGAUAUUGAAAGAAUUAUUCAAGAAGCCAAGACUAGUCAAGGUAAGCAGGGAAAGAAGGGACGGAGAAAGAAAAGAAUUGUACUAUCUCUUCAGUAG